GCGUGCGGGUGUCAUGGCGGCCCCCAGGGGUGGCCCACGCGUAGCAGCUGCAGGUGCGCGCUGAGCCAGGCGACUCCCGCCGCCGCCGGGAGAUAUUCUGUUCCUUCUUGGUGGUGGCCCCCCUGCCCACACUUGUGUUGGGAUGCCUGAAACACCUGAUGCUGCUGUCCACUCACGCUCGAUCCGGAGGUCUGGCUGGAACCCAGGCGGAAGCUUGCAUAAACACUGUCCUAGCGGCGCCCCUUAGGAGUCGGGUUCGAGGGGACCCUAAGAGGGUUGCGUGAUGAUGGAGGCGGAGCCGCCGCCUGAAAACCAGGAUGCUCCGGAAGUGGAACAGCCAACCUAUGACAAUUUGGAAGCGGGAGAGGAUUUCGAACCCGCAGCUAAAGUGCUAAGGUUGAAUGGGGAUCAGGAAGGCCACGGAGAGGCGGGAGAGAGCCUCUCCGUAGCCGAAUCGCUUGGAGAAGAGCCCAGUCUAGAGGGUGCAUCGUCGUAUCUGGAGGAAGAAGCGAGAGACGACGGAGGGGAAGUGGCCCUGGAAGGUGGCAAAUAUUAUUUCCCCGCGUACGACUUCUCGGAGCCCCCCCAGCUUCUGACCGGCUCUUGGGCGGAGUACGGCCAUAUCCCGGAGAACUUCCUGAAAGGCUGCAAAUGGGCCCCUGAUGGGACUUGCCUGCUCACCAACAGCGCCGACAACUGCCUGCGCAUUUACAACCUUCCUGCGGAGCUGUAUGCGAAAGAGUGGGAGACGGUGGCGGAAAUGAGUCCGGUGCUGCGCAUGGUGGAAGGAGACACCGUCUACGACUACUGCUGGUUCCCGCUCAUGAGCUCCGCCGACCCGCAGACUUGUUUCGUCGCCAGCAGUAGCCGGGAUAACCCCAUUCACAUCUGGGACGCUUUCCACGGAGACCUGCGGGCGACCUUCCGGCCUUACAACCACCUGGAUGAGCUGACUCCCGCCCACGCACUGAGCUUCACCCCGGACGGCUCCCAGCUUUUCUGCGGCUUCAACAAGACCGUGCGUGUGUUCGAGACGUCCCGCCCGGGCCGGGUGUGCGAGACCAGGCCCACGUUUGCGAAGAAGCAGGGGCAGAACGGCAUCAUUUCCUGCAUUGCCUUCAGCCCCACCCAGCCGGUCUACGCCUGCACCUCCUACUCGAAGACGGUUGGCCUCUACUCCCGGGCAGAGGGGGACCCCCUGGCCUUGCUGCACGGGCACCGGGGCGGGGUCACGCAUGCCCUGUUCUCCCCCGAAGGCUUCUGCCUCUACACGGGAGGCCGCAAGGACUCCGAGAUCCUCUGCUGGGACCUCCGCCAGCCCAGCGAGGCCCUCUUCUCCGUGUCCCGGACGGUGGCCACCAACCAAAGACUCUACUUCGACCUGGAUCCGAGCGGGAGGUACUUGCUGAGCGGAGACACAGAGGGACUGAUCACCGUCUGGGACACCUCCCAGCCUCCAAGCAGCGACCCUCGCCCUGUCCUGCCCCCGGUCCUCCAGUUCCGGGCGCUGCAGGACUGUGUCAACGGCAUCAGCCUCCACCCCAGCCUACCGAUGCUGGCCACGGCUUCCGGCCAGCGCACGUUUCCUGAUCCCUGGGACAGCGAGGAGGAGGAGGGAGGAGGGGUCCGCCUGCCCCAUCCCCCCCAGGCCCCCGCGAGCAACUCCCUCUUGCUGUGGCUGUGUGCCUCGCCUGCCAGAGCCGGUCCACCCCAGACUGUCCUGUGACCGGCUGCUUCGAAGGAAGGGGCGGUGGAGGCUCGAGACCGGCCGAGGGUCUCCUCGGGAGUCGGUGGGGCAGGGACGUGCGCAGUGCCGUGUGCUGCGGGUGAGUGCCCCAAGCGGGGCUUGGCCAGUGCCUCUGGGAAUGGAGCUUGUGCGUGCGUGUGCGUGUUCGUGAAGUUUGUUCCGAAGAAUGAGGAUAGGUGUGAAAGCGGAAGUUGUCUGUGAGAAGUACCACAAUUUAGGGGGUUGGUGUUUUAAAGGGGGGGGCGGGGAUAUCUGUUGUGAAAUGCAGACACCCCCCCCCCAGGACGGGAGUGGGAAAACUGGGGGGGAGGGCGUUCCUGUUGCAUUCCUGGAGGAACAGUGCCGGGUGGGGCAGACUGCAGCUCCCUCCCCCACUGGCGUCUCCCGUCUCCCGCCUUUGCAGCACCCCUGACACCGUUCCUGGUCUGGUCAAAAGGGGCAGAUGCGGUUGCCACCCCCCACUUGCCCUCCAGAAGCCCCCCACCCCCCAGCUGAGAUCGGUUCUGUCUGGCUUGAGCCCUGUGCGGAUGCUUGCCCCCACUGGAGGGCGCUCUGUGUGUGUGUGGGAGGCAGUGACUUUGGGUCUGUGCGUGGCACCCUGGGAGUGUGUGUGUGCGUCCACAUGUGUGUGACCCCACAUGGAUGGAGGGGUGUCGCCUUCAAAAACAAAAAAGAUCGGAGGAUAAUUGGUUCUUCCAGGGUUUUUUUUAAUGGCUCUUUUCUUCUCCGCUAUGUGAACCUUUUUUAUUUGACUGGCUUGCUGGACAG